GUUGAAGCUCCGCACGGGAGGUGCAGCCAGGUGCUGAAAACGUGCAUACCUUUACUUUUAGAGGGCAGAACACGCACGUGAAACUUGCUGCACUCUCAUUCAUGUUGUAGGAUUUGUCUGUCGCCGAGAAUUCAGAUUUCCUCUACAUUUGAAGGAUGUAGACCCUGUACAGAGGAAGGCAGCUGGUAAGAUGACCUACUCUGCCAAGACAGGGCAUCAGCAUCAUCAAAAGACUGCAAACACUGUGGCAGGUAAGAUGAAGAGCCACUCAUUCAAAAGGGGAACAGGUCGCCCUAAAAAGACUGAAACCAUACAAGGAGAUGAGGAACAACUAUUUUUGGCCAGCAGGAUAAUCUGUGCUCCCAAAUCACCUGGCUGGCCCCAAAAACAAUCUCAACAAAGUAUAAUUGACUGUCCCACUAACAAAAAGAGACAAGGGCAUCCUAAAAAGGAAGCAAGACAAACUGAGAAGGGAUAUCCAAAUAAGUCUACCAAAAGGGGACCUGGACAACCCAAAAAGAUUACCUUACAGUCCAAUGAGGGACAUCUCCUUGUUGAUAACAUGAUCAAGUCUGCUAAAAAGAGGACCAGGACGCCCUAAAAAGAAAGCAUUACAAAGUGAGGGGGAAUGUUCUCUGAAAAACAAAAUAGAGUGUAUCAAAAGGAGAGCUGGACGACCCAAAAAGAAUAUUGUACAACCCAAUGAGAGACUCCCCUUUGUUCACAAUAUCAUCAAGUCGGCAAAAAGAGGACAAGGACGCCCUAAAAACUGUACUGCACAAACCAGAGAAGAGUUGAAAAAUGAGCCAGAGAGCAAGCUGGAAUGAUGUUAACUGUAAACAAGUGAAAGAGGAGCCAGCAGACCCUGAGACGAAUGAAAUCUGUCUUGUAACAAAGUUUGGGAAUUGGGAAUUUGAAGGCCUGGAGGCAUUUGUUAAGGGAGAGAGUGAGCCAAGCUUAACUGGACACUGUGAGGAGACACCACAAGCUGAGACUGUUCAAAGCAACACAAGGGGAGUGUUUUCUCCUUCCCCUGCAAACUGGAGAUGACAAGCCUGCAGAUGAAUCACCUGAGACCAAAGGAACCUGCAGACACCUCACAAGGUUCGGAGAAGGAUGUUAUCACAUUUGGAGAGUGAUAUUGAUUAAUGAGAACCUUUUUGUCACACACCGAAGAUACGGGAGACUGAUCACUAAAGAUCAAAACAAAGGAGCGAGCCAGACAGGAAGAGACGAGGCAGUUGUCACUAUUUCCUAACCUGGUUUUACUUCCUUGGGUCAUGACCCCUCUCACAGAGCUUGGAAGCUCCUUAUGUUGUCAGCUCUCUCCCAUUGGGACUGACACAGAAAGCAAGGAGGAAGGAUCUGUUAAAUUGACCAGAUUACCAUCAGUCCUCUGCGCACGUCGACAGGAUUCCCAGCAACCCAAGUGGGAGCUACUGGUCAAGUCAAUGAAGGUGCAUCGGUGAAGGUUGGUAGUAGUGCUGCCUCUCCGGUCGCUGGCUCGGUGCGCCGUCAGAGUGAAUGCGUGUGGAUAGACUCGUCAGGCUUCAGCCGGUGAGAGCUUUAACAGCACUUCUUGACAAUAAAAAACUGCAGUGACGCCUUUGUGCAGUGCGACAGCGGCACUUUCCGCUUCCCCCCCCACCCUCUCGACUCCUCCCUCCCGGGUCGGAACAAGCGCAGCGGCGAACAACUCCAGUCCAGUCCGAGAGACGGUGAUCGGGCUUCGGCCUCAGGUGCAUCUCUGAGGCGGGGCGACGCGGAGGUCCAGGUGUUGUGGAGGCAUGGACUGUAACUGCGUCAGUGAUCUGUUGCUCCCCCCGGUGCCUGCGCUCUGGACGCCAGGUCAGUCCCAACGUCAUGUUCAACUGACUGAAAACAAGAAGCCCCUUUUUAACCUUGCAUCAGGGUUCGCCUUCCCAGACUGGGCCUACAAGCCUGAGUCGAGCCCCGGCUCCAGGCAGAUCCAGCUGUGGCACUUCAUCCUGGAGCUGCUGCAGAAGGAGGAGUAUCAGGGGGUGAUCGCCUGGCAGGGGGACUAUGGAGAGUUUGUCAUCAAGGACCCAGAUGAGGUGGCUCGACUGUGGGGGAUAAGGAAAUGCAAACCUCACAUGAACUAUGACAAGCUGAGCAGGGCACUGAGGUAUUACUACAACAAGCGUAUUUUGCACAAAACCAAAGGGAAACGUUUCACCUACAAGUUUAACUUCAGUAAGGUCGUGUUGGUGAACUACCCCAUCCUUGACAUGGCCAAUUCUCCCUUCUUUCUGGCCCAGAACCACUUCAACGGGGGCUCCACCGCACCGGACUGCAGCCCAGAGGCCAUACAGUCCCUGUUUCCCCGUUUGCCAGACUCCGGCAGAGGAACGUCCCUGUUUGAUCGGGGGACUGCAGCACCGGGGCCGGAGGGAGAUAAGCUGAGACUGGACACAUUUCCUUUCCUCAGUUCAGGUGCUCCGUGCUACUCCAAACCCCCGUCCCUGCUGGGCCCGUACCCUCGCAACCCACCCUUUGACUACCCCUGGGGCUUCAACCCCUACCUCCCAGGGGCCUUCUCUCUCAAUAACUGCCCCAAACUGCCCCCUGGCUCCCUCUACCCCUCCCAGUUUUACCCCAGCCCUUUGCAGAGCAGCCUCUCCCAGCUGCCUCAUCCCUUCUCCUCCCUGCUCCCCCCAGUGGAGGCAGCUGGGGGUGAGAGGGGAGCAGCGGGGCAAACCGGAGCGACAAACGGCACGGCGGGUGGUCAGCCAGUCAGACUCAGCCUGCCACCCUAUCCAGGGACCCUGUCAAUUGGUCGGACAGACAUUGGCAACGGGGCGUCGUUGGGGGAAAGGGAAAGGGGGGAGGCCAAUCCUCCGGGCACGGGGCUGAGUCUGGGACUGGGAGCGGUCGGCCUGGGAGCUGGGACUGGGACAGGUCAGCAGAGCCCCACGGAGAGGAGAGGAGGGGUGAAGCAGGACCUGGAGUCGGACUCAGACCUGGAGAUCACAGAUCUGAGCGACUGCAGUUCGGAGAACGAAAAUGAGCAUGAAUUUGGCAUCAGCAAGGAAUCCAGCCUGGCAAACCGGUCACAGAUAGUGUUGGAUGGAAAGAAAGGGAGCGUGCUGCCACCCAUCUCCUCUCUCCCCCCGCCAGUGUCCCCCCACCCUCUGAAGAGCCUGAUUCCCAUCAGUCCUCCACCCCCGUCCCUGCCUCCAUCACUUUCCCCUUCCAUGGCUCUGCAUGACAGACACAGGGAGACAGAGACUCUUAAAAUGAUACACAGCUAAUACAUUUUCCUCUGCGUCCACCAUCUUGCCAGUCUAGGCUCUGAUAACUCUCUUUUUCUCUCCUUUCAUUUAUCUUUUUCUCUUUACAUUAUCAAUUCCUCAAUCACUCUUGAUAAACACUUUUUCCAGGAGAGGCAGUUAUGUUCUUUACUUCUACAAUUACUGUUUCCCUGUUUGCUGUGUAAGUUUUUAACUUGCCUACAAUCCAUUACACUACCGACUUGUCCAUCUGAGAAUAUAUGGGGCAUACAGUUUUUAGGGUACUGGCUGUCUGUAUCACCAUCUUGUCCUUUCUGUUUUGAUCUCUCACACCAAAUGAUCACUCCAUGGUUUGUAGACUCGUUUUAUGCAUUACUAGCAGUACUCUACAAUUUGCUGUCUGCAGCUGAGCUAUGAUAGAAGGCAGUGAGGUGGUAAAUUACAACAAAGCAUUGCCCGUCUUGACAAACAUUAACAAACAACAUCCCUAUACUAACAGAACAAAACAACAAAUAAUGGUCAGAUCGAUCCAAUUUUACAGAUUUGUCUUGUAAUUCUUGAGAUUUAGACUAUGUAUAAUCACUGACUUUUGAGACAUAGUCAAAUACUGCCACCUAGUGGUCUUUUCAGUCAGUGUCUCCUUCAAUUAAAUCAUCUCUUCUCCGUAAUCCUGUGGUUGAAAUUGUUGCCCCUAAGUUUAUUUUGCACUUACUUUUAUAUAUUAUUGUUUCUUACGGGUUUAUUUAAAUGUUAAAAUCCAUAUUUCUAAUAGUGGUAACUGUGGUAGUCUGUGAAUAUUUAUUUUGUCCUGUGGUUCAAGUAUUUCCUGCACAUUUUGUAAAAGGAAAGAAAAAGAGAGCAGAGGGAGCUGGACCAAUUUAGAAUUUGUAUGACUAUUUCUGUGUAUAUAUUUUAUUAUGGUGUACAUUACAUUUAAUUAUUAUUCACUAUUAUAAGAUUUAGUGUAUUGUUGUGAUUUAAUUCAGUAUGUAAACAUGUUGGAAAAAUUAUAAGCUUAGGUGUAUCAAAGUUUAAAUUAUUAAUGGCAGAAGACCUGCACUCUGAAGAUGUUUUUCUAUGAUGAGGACAGAGUUCACACUGGGAAUUGUCUCUGAUUUUCUCAACCCCAGUUAAUUGUGCCCUUUGGUCAUUUUUGCCAGAUGCCCAACGUACGAACCCUUUGGGUUCAAAAUAUGCCGGUAGACUUAUUUUUAUAGUUAGCAUUCACCCAGUGUAACUGUAAUGUAAUUAGUCAAAUGUGAAAAAUAUUGGUCUUUGCAUUUUUGUUUUAAAGUCCUCACUCCAAAAUCUGUUUUGAUUAUUUUUCAAUCAAUGUUUUUUGUCCAUGCCAGCAGAAGGCCAUUUGGUUUUGCUUGAGGACAUUAAACAGUGGAAAAAAUAUUGAAAGACUGUUUAUCUUUGCUCUACCCAGAACUAAUGACCGACAUCCUUUCUAUGGCCCAGUUUGUCAGCACAGAGUGAACACUAAACCAUAUUGUACAGCUUCAUAGCCUUUAUAGCCUGGUUUGUCAAACAGUGGCGGUAUACCAUUAGUUGUGAAAACUCUAUUGUAAAGUUAAUGUAAAGCUCUAUGUUUGUUGAGUUGCUACAGGAAAGGCCUCCAGUCAUCUCCACGUGGAGUACACUAACAGCUGUAAAUACUGUUUCCUUUGUGUGUGUAUGUGUGUGUACACAUCCAAACAUGACAAUGCAGUGGUUUUACCUGUCAUUUCUCUUUGUUUUACUGUAAAGAGGAAAAAUGGAAAGUGCAAAAAAGAAGAAAACGAUUAAUAUCUUCAAAAGCAAUAAACAUUAUUCUGGAUAGCG